GGCCGAGUCGAGUCGUUUGCUCAAGGGAUCAAACCCAAAACAAGGCGCGUAUUUCACCUUAUCGUUUGCAAACAAGCGCUGCUUUUUAAAAGUAUUUCACCAUUAAAGACAACAGCUCAACAUGGAAAAUCAGAAGCGGUAGGGUCCAUCUGAAUUAAGGUGUGGGAGCGAGGCUGCUCCCUGAUUCCCACCCCUGUGCUCCCCUGCCCCCGCCCUCCUGGACGGCCCCGAAAUGACCACAGGGGAGUGUUGCCACCUCCCAGGCUCCCUGUGUGACUGCACUGGCAACGCUGCCCUGUCUAAAACUGUGGAGGAAGCAGACAACCGACGGGCCCAGUACAUCACCCAGGUCACGGCCAAGGAUGGACAUCUACUAUCAACUGUUAUCAAAGCCCUUGGCACACAGAGUGAUCGGCCAAUUUGUCGGAUCUGCCACGAGGGUCAGGACAUGUGCAACAGCGAGGGGCUCCUCUCGCCGUGCGACUGCACUGGCACAUUGGGCACGGUACACAAAAGCUGCCUGGAGAAGUGGCUGUCCUCCUCAAACACCAGCUACUGUGAGCUGUGCCACACAGAGUUUACCAUAGAGCGCCGGCCCCGGCCCCUCACAGAGUGGCUCAGGGACCCAGGCCCCCGGAACGAGAAGCGCACGCUGUUCUGUGAUAUGGUGUGUUUUCUGUUCAUAACGCCCCUGGCAGCCAUCUCGGGUUGGCUGUGUUUGCGGGGUGCACAGGACCACCUGCACUUCAACAGUCGUCUUGAGGCGGUCGGCCUCAUCGCUCUGACCAUCGCACUCUUCACCAUCUACGUCCUCUGGACUCUGGUCUCAUUCCGCUACCACUGUCAGUUGUACUCCGAGUGGAGACGAACCAAUCAGAAAGUUCGCUUGCUCAUUCCCGACACCAAGGGUGCACACUCUACCCAGCAUUCCUUGCUCUCCACCAAGCUGCUGAAAAAGACAGCAGACGAGACCAUAGUAUGAGAGACGUGGAGUGGGGAAGAAGGGGCCCGAUCGUGGUGGUAAUAGUGUGCUACAGGUUCCUGAUGCAGCUUUGUCAGCUAGAGCCGCGGCACUUGUGGAUGCAUUCUUUUCUAUUUAAUCCUUUUUAUCUAAAUAUGUGAGCACUUAAUUUUUUUUCACCAGUCUCUUAUUUUUGAGCAUUUAUAAGUGUGUUGUUUUAAGAAACCUUUAUUUAUUUGGGGAUUAAACAGCAACGCUGAGGUCCCGUACCAUUCAGUAUGCAUUGUAUUUGAAACAAUCAGAAAUCUAACUUGUGCAUAGACGAUUCCUUUGAGCACAGCAGGGAAGGAUUUUGAAUCAAGUACGGAUGGCUGCUGAAGCUUAAUACCAAACCUUUCUUUAAUUUUCAAUGUAUUGUUUUUUUCACUCAUCUACCUUCAUGGACUUUCUAUCUUAACCUGACAGAGAAUCGGUCCGGACUUAUUCUUGGCAAAUUAUAGCCCUUGAUGCUCAUAUUUAGUCAGGAUGUAAAUGUAUAAAUAUAUAAACACUAUGUGAACAAGUAAGCUCUAAGCUUUGAUUGACAUGGGUAUUACAGAACUACACUUGGCGAGGUCACCCGUUUAAGGCCCGGGCAAUGGAUGUGGAGGCUGAUUAUUACUGCAGUGCUCAUCAAGCUCACCAUGCCCACCUGGAAUGAGAAAGAUAGGCAGUAUAGGAAAAAAAAGAGUGCAAUAACACACUGCCCGUUCGCACUUCUGCGUGAUUCCGCUGUAAGCGCGCAUGUUGUUAUGCAUGCCUGUUUCUAUUUCAAAAGUCUCAUCAAAUUGGUGACUGUUCGGUGCGAAGUUUGUUUGGGGCUUUACAUAUGGAUCAAAGGCUGUUUUUUGAGCCUGCCCUGAUCUCAUGGAAAUGAUGUGACUGUGGCAACAUUUUUGCAAAAUUAUGUGACGCGGUUCCUUACAUUUAUUGCGGCAGUUCCAAGGUGAAAUGUCCACUGUGUGGCGCUAAAAGUGGGUACAUUUUUCUCAGUCAAUGAGGUUUUUUAAAGUUAAUGCUUUUUAAAGUUAAGAAUCAACUGACCUACCUACCUUAAACCAAACCUAACCUAAUUUUGUGGUGCUUCUUUGACACUUUUGGCUUAUAUGCUCUUUAGGACUCGAACCCCUGUCCUUUGCAUCAUAAGUGCAAUGCUCUAUCAGUUGAGCUACCAUGCAAUUUGAUUACGCUUGAAUAAGCUUCUGAAUGUAGAUGGUUAUGUAAUGCAAACUUUAAAAUGCUUCGUUUUAUAAGUCAUGCACUAAAGUAAAAGUUUUUAAAGCAUUUUGUGAAGAACAGGGUGAAAAGUACGUGUUUAUGAACUGAUAAUGUGCCGUUUUACUCAUGAUUUGUGUGAAAGUGGUUGUUGUAGCGCCUCUAGUGUUCAUUUCUCCAGGAAACUUCUGUGAUAUGUACAAGGAGCCAAAAAAAUCACAAUGCAAAAAUGUAGGUAUAGUAUUGUGAUUCUUUGUGACCAGUUUGCGUUUGUCCAAACAUUGCAAAACAGCAUGCAAUGGUCCUGAAUUUGUAGCACUUUGACAACGUAGCCUAGAUGUGAGCUGAUCAAAAGUAGAUACGUGUAAGCGAAUGGGAUCCAAAUAUGUGGCAACAUUGUAUGUUGUGUUGAGUUGUAGUAAGUGCAGAUGCAAGCAGACCUCUACAAGUUCAUUGUUCUGAAUCACUUUCAAAUGGCUCUAAAAUCAUGAUUUUUUUUUUGUUUGUUUUUGUUUUAUCGGCAAGUGUGUGAAGCUGAAUGUGUUUGUGUGUGUUUACAGUAUGCAUUUUGUAAGCUCUAUUUUUGUGUGCAGUUUAGUUAGUUUGAGCAAUAUCAAAUGGCAGAGAUUGAGGGAUUUUGUAGCAGUUUACCUUGUGGACGAUUUCAUGCAGCUUAAUGAGAGGUCAAGCCGCUGAGGAAGAAGUCAUUGUGUGAAGCUUAACUUCAAUUCCAGACCAGUAAUGAACCAUUCACUCAUCCAUGAAUUACACUCCAAGAAAAGGCAUCUUUUAGCUUUGCGUCAGUUUGGUGCAAGAACAAUGUGCAAAACACCACCAACCGUCAGAGCUUUUCAUUCCUUCUGGAGAAAGUACUAUCUGAAAGCAACUCAUAAGUGAAUAGUUUACCCAAAAAUGAAAGUUUUGUCAUUUACUCACCGUCUAAUAUCAUUCCAAAUCCAUAUGAUUUGCUUUGUCUGUGGAACACAAGGUAUUUUGAAGAAUCUCCAAGCUGCAUUUCCAUACAGUGAUUGAGAAUGGGGACUGAUGCUCUCGAGCUCCAAAAAUGACUAAAAAGGACCAUUUAAAGUAGGCCAUACAAUUUUUAUUCAUAGUCUUAUGAAGCCAUUCAAUAGUUUUUUGUUUUGUUUUGUUUUUUUCCCGCUAUUUACUGAAAACUUUGGCCAUCGCCAUAGCUCUCAAAUCUCAUUCAUGGUCUUAGGCCACGUCCACACUAAUUGUUUUUAGUUUGAGAACUCGUUUUUCAGUUUCCUAACGUCACCGUGUUCCAAAGUGUGCAGUAAUGGAGAAAAUUUUCAAAACGCUCCGUUUUCAAUGGAGUAAAAUGCCGUUCUAGUAUGGAUGAAAGGUGUAUAUGUAGCAGAAUUAAUGCAUUUUUAAAGGAAAACGUAUUAGUGUGGAUGUUUUCUUAGGACAUGUCCACACUAAUUCGUUUUUGUAAGAAAACUCCCUAACAUCAUCGUUUUCCAAAGUAUGCCAUAGUAGAAAGCAUUUUUGAAGCACUCCAUUUUCGUUGGAGGAAAAACUCGUUGGAUGCUUUCUUAGGACACGUCUACUUUAAAGCCACGUUCACACCGCGGGCGGCAUGUUGCUAGAUUUUGCGAUCUGUGUCGCUGGUGGGUGUUCCUACUGCUGCUGCCGCUCUAACGUUAUUGGAGGACUGCACAACUGGCCAUAGUAGCGUUUGAAAUGCUGAUAAGUACAGAUGAUACUGCUGAUAAAACUAAGAUAUCAUACUAAUUUGACAAGGAAUCAGUUCUUUUGUCUCUAAAAAUGCACAUUCUGCAGAGGAGAGUGUUUUAUAUAAUCUGCAGCAGUGCUUAAUGCGUCAAAUCAUUAAACAAGAUGAACGUUAUAUCGAAAUAUGAAUCAAACUCACUCAGAAUGCCGACAUGGUUUUCCACGCAUCAUUUUAUUCAGCCAUAUCUAUGUAUUUGGUUACAGACAAAUGAUACAGAACAGUGAAAUCGCUCACUGAAACUUUUAACUUCUCUGUCUUGCCUGCACUCGAGUCGACUCCAUUAUCUCGCACUCACCCUGCCUGAAGACGGAUGAUGUGAGCAACACUGUCUUCACUCUCAUUGGUAGUCGCUUGCGAAUGUCGCUCGUCAUUUGCAUAAAGUUGAAAUAUUCUCAACUUGUCUCUUCCCACGGCGAUCUCUGUCGCCAAUGGGCGCGACAGCUCAUGUCGCCGGAAGUCGCUGUCCUCUCAUUGAAAAAUGAAUGGGAUGGUGUUGCUGUCUUGCACAAUGUUGCUGGCGGUGUGAAUGGGGAGUAAUUCUUUUUUGUUAGAGAAGUCUGUUUUCAGUUUCCUAAAAUCAUCUUUUUCCAAAGUAUGUUGUAAUGGAGAGAGCAUUUUCGAAAUGCUCUGUUUUCAUUGGACAGAGGCAUAUAUGUAGCAAAAUUAAUGCAUUUCUAAACGAAAACAUAUUAGUGUGGAUGCUUUCUUAGGACACGUCCACACUUAUUAGUUUUUGUAAGAAAACUCAGUUCACAGUUUUCUAACAUCCACACCCUCACCUCCACAUAGAUUAGUGUUUUAAUAACGUCUUUCUCUAAAAAAUUUAAUCAGAUUACUUUAUUAAAAAGUAAUCAAAUUACUUUUAAAUUACUCUAAAACACUUCAAGCAUUUUCCGUUUUUUCGCUCGACAAAUUCAAAAUGACUAUAUUUCCUCAGUCUUUGCUGCACACCCUUUACAGAUAUGCAAACAGACAUAUACAAUGUAUAUGAACAUAUAAUUACCUUAAUUGAAAGUUAGUAAAUGUAAUGUGAUUACAAGAAUUUAAAAUGUAAUGUUACACUACUUUUUGUCUAAAAAGGUAGAUUACAGUAACUAUUUUGUAAUCAGAUUACACCCAACACUUAAAACAACAAAUAUUUCAGUCUAUUACAGUGCAUGGGUGGUAUGGACUUGGGUAUUUUUAUGGUGUGUUUUAGUACUUUUUGGAGCUUACAGUAGCUGCCCUUGGUCACUAUAUGCUGUCAUAGUGUGGAAAAAGCUGUGCGGAAAUUCUUGAAAAUAUCUUAUUUUGCAAGAAUAUGGAAGAAACAACAUAAGGGUGAUUUAAAUGAUCACAGAUUUAAAAUUUUGGGGUGAAUUAUACAUUUAAAGUUGCUUUUACACCUAAAGCAAUGUGAAAUCUCUGGGCAUGGCUCUUCGGUAUAUGCAGCAUUGUAGUAAUUGCACAUUCGCUACUCCUAACGUGGACUUUUUAGUGCACUUUUUAUGCACUUAAUGUGGAAAAUCUUAGUGCCGAAGGACUAAAAGCAUGUUGUUCACUCAAGGUCUGAACUUCUGGCGGUAAUAUUAAGGAUGAUCUCCAUGAAAUGAGCUACCUAAGAUAUUUAGGUCCAGACCCUUAACUCUCUAAUUGUAAAUUCUGAGUUUCAAUUGUAAAUGUGUAGAUAAACUGAUGUCUCUGUUUUUUGAAGUGUUGUGUGCUGUAGGUCCAGGGUUUUUUUUUUUUUUUUUUUUGUAUUGCAAACAGGCCCAUGAAUGUCUGAAUUAUUUGCUGACAAUUUUUUUAAUGGACACCGCUUCGCUUAGAUAAACAUAGUCCAUUAAGUAGAGAUGUUAAAGGAAUAGUUUACCCCCAAAAAUUAAAAUUUCAUGCCUGACAUCUCCUUUUGUGUUCCACAGAAAGAUGUCAUGUGGAUAUGGAAGUAAAUGAUGACAGAAGUUUAAUUUUUGGGUGAACUAUCCCCUGAAGUGCUGUGCUUACAAAGAUCAGUGCCACAAACAAGUGAGUUUGAAACAACAAAAAGGUGCUUCAAACAUGCAAAAGUUUCCCCAUCAAAUGCAUCAACCGCCUGUCUCACAUGAGCUAAUUUCGCUUUGAGAAUGAGAGAAUUGUCACCAGAGGAAAAAAAAACUUCAAUGCAAAAUCAAAAGAUGUUUGCUUUCCUCUCUAAAUGGAUUCUCUUCAAGGACAAUAUUUAUUUUGUAUGGGGGGAAAUUUUGCAAUAGAUAUACAAAAUACGAUGGCAUUACUUGUUGUGAUAUAUAUACUUGGUAAGGGUUUGGGGGAGAAAAUACCUUCAUCUCCAUCAUCGUUGUCUGUUCCAUUACUCGUUGUAUUCGAGAGAAAGUUGCUCUUUUAUGCUGAUCCGUACCACCAUUUGAAAAUUGAAUACUAACCGGAUAUCUACGUAGUGGUUAGCAAAAAGCAACUUCAGUGAUUCACUGCUACUUUGAGGAAUGCUGUCUCUCAUUGUUGUGCUUCCACAUCAAAUUGUAUUUUAUUUUUUAUUAUUUUUAGGGGGGCCAUUUCCUGGUUAUUUUGCAAAGUAGAGUAAUAAAUUGAGAGUGCAAUUUCAAAAAUCUUACAAUGCAAUUCUUUCUAUAACCUUAACAAUACAUGUAUGAUAUAAACAUAGAUGUAGAUGUUGCAUAUGAAGGACUAUAGGAGGAAAGGACAAUGUUGAGCUCAUUAUUUUUUAAAUGUUUUGUUUAGGUUUUUUGGUCAACUUGCAGUGGAUGCCAAUGAGCUGGCGACAGUAUGCAAGCUCAAAGCAGCUCAAACAAUGUUUUAAUAGAACUGAUCCCAACUGUUUCUCAAAUUAAUGCUUUUCUUUUUUUAACUACAGUGGCACUUUCACAUAUUUAUGUUGAAGUACUUGCAGUUUCCAUUAAAUUUUUUGAGGGGAUUUUAACUUGUUGCAGUUUAUAUUUCAAAGCUGUCUUUUUGUCUGGAACUUUAUUGAAAACUUGUACACAGUUUGUUGAUUCAGUUUAAUUAUCUCAAAGUUUGCUGGUGUGUUUUUAAUGUAUUCAUACUGUAUGUAUCAUUUUGCUACUUUUGUUUUCAUGAAUCCAUCGAACACAAGGACUUUUAUCACUCAAAGACUUUUGAGAUACUACAAUGUUUAUGUUGUGCAGUGGCUAAGAGAAAGAUGUUAGUAAUGUCUUCACCAAAAUAUGUUGGUGCUUGAAAUCAGCCAAGAAAAGUGUGCAAAGCAAAUUAAAAACUAUGCUCUG